UGCGCGUCGUUCUCUUGGGGGCUGAACUGCGCGUUCGCAUUUUCCUGUAUUAACAUCGACUAUUAGAAACUGCGGCUUGAUCAUAUCGAGGCUGCGAACAAAGAACAACUCCUGUCCGCGGAAAGCCAGUCAGUUCCACCUUAAAUAUCGUUUGCGUCGGUGGCGGAGAUCGAGGCGCCAUCUUCAGUCCACCUUAAGCGCACAAUGUGGCCGACGAACGCAAGCGAACCAGUUAGGCUUCCGUCCUCAUUCUCCAGCCGGGGAUCGCACUCCGGUUUCCAGCUUUGACACAGCGUCACUUGUGAAACAAGAGAGGGGGAAGAAGACGCACACGGCCCGAACCCCAUCAGCACCACCAGGAGAAGAUGUCCGAGCCCAAUAAGUACCGAGAGUGGAUCCUAGAAACAAUCGACUCCCUCCGCUCCAGGAAAGCCCGUCCAGAUCUAGAGAGGAUUUGUCGAAUGGUCCGGAGACGACACGGGUCAGACCCGGACCGAACCAGAACCGAACUGGAAAAACUGAUCCAAGAGCAGACGGUGCUCAAAGUUAGCUACAAAGGGUCCAUAUCGUACCGAAACGCGGCGAAGGUGCAGAGGAAAAGCAGAAAGAGGAGUGAGUUCACGGCCGCCGGCGGCAGCGGCGCGGAGACGGCGGCGGAGCGGAGCAAACACGACCCUCUGAACAACAACGGCGACAGCACGCACAGCUUCACGGACCAGGAGGAGGGAGAGGAGAACUCCGAGCCCAGCCCGGACCCCCGCGCUCCCACAUCAGCGAGCCCCGCCGGCCAGAAGCCCAAGCCUGCCUCCAGCCCGAGUAGCGGAAACGGGUGCCUCGGCGGCGGCGCAACGACGGGCUGCGCGGUCGGGAGCAGUAAAGACAAGAAAGCAAGUGCGCCAAGAGACGCGGCGUCGGGACAGCGGGCGCACGGGGACGGUGCGCCUCCGAGGACGAGCGCGCACGACGCCGGCGACGGCGGCAGGGACACGCUGAACAAAGCCGCCGCGGUCGGCGGAGCGGCGGAGUGCGGCGCGUCCGGAGCGGACGCGCGCGUCCAAACUUGCUGUGGAAGCGUCGACAGCCUCCCGCAGCAGCAGCGGCACAGGCAGGCGGCGCCCCCGAAGCCCAAACUUCGAGUCGGAGGGGACGGCAUCAGAGCGGCGCGCAAGCACGCGACCUCGGACCUGGGCGACAAAUUGGUGGCGUCUGUUCGCAGCCUGUCCGAGCGCAGCCUGAGAGGCGGCUCCGCCGCCGCGAGCAGAGGCCACAUGAAGCCGCUCGGGCUGAAGGAGAUUUUGGGCUAUCUGAGCAGCCAGGAGCGGCUGUCGGACGAGACGCUGACCCGCGGUAAAGUCAAAGUGGUCAUGGAGAGAGAGGUGGCGAAGGGCAGGCUGCGCAGGACGCGCUGCGGGAACAUCACUCUCCCCCUGAGGGGGAUGGUGGUGGAGGAGCCGGUGCCGAAGGACGCGUCCGCUGACAGACUUGUGAGGAGCGCACUGCAGGACAAGCCCGGUGGGAAAAAGCCGCCGUCCCCCUCAGUCCAGGAGAAUGAGCCAAUGGAAACAGAAAGCAAAGAACAAGAAGAGGGAAGAGAAGAGAAUGAGGAAGAGGAGGAUCCCCAGAGUUCUGAUGAGGAGGGAGGACCGUCUCUGGUAGCCAUGACAACAGAACCAGAGCUCAUUGACAAAAGCACAGAAGAUGCUGGGAUCCAGGCAGCAUCAAAGCAAGAGAGCCCCCACCAGCAGCAGCAGGAUGCUAUAGGGCCGGACUCCUCCGCCCCAGCGCCGCGUGCGCCUGCUCAGGGAGCUUCACCCUCACACUGUCGCGAUGGACACGUGGAGGAGAGAGCUGCUGAGCCUGAUCAGAUACACACGGCGGCACAAAAUCCGGUGCAGCCGGACAGGAUCAGCCCCACAUCCCCAACAUUAAAUGGCCUGGAGUGUAAGAGUGAGGUGGGUGUCGCGUCCUGCCUGCUCACGCCCACGGCCUCCCCGAGAGACUCAGGUCUGUCUGAGGAACGGACAAUAAAUGGAGGAAUUAGUGGAGAGUUUGUGAAGUCUGAGGGGGCCAGUGGGAGCCCAGUGGACUGGACGGUGUCUGACGUGGUCAGUUACUUCACUGCAGCAGGGUUCCCUGAGCAGGCCGCUGCCUUCAGGACCCAGGAAAUCGAUGGCAAGUCCCUUCUCCUCAUGCAGCGUAACGAUGUUUUGACUGGUCUGUCAAUCAGGCUCGGCCCCGCCCUCAAGAUUUAUGAGCGCCAUGUAAAGGUUCUGCAGAAAACACACUUUGAGGAUGACGACUGCUAGCAAAACACACAAGACUGUUUUUUUGUAUCUAUAUAAAAGUGAAGUAAUAAUGUAAAAAUGCAUGCAUGAUAUACGGUGCACCUCACUGCCCAUCUCAUGAUACACACACACACACACACACACCACACACACACACACACACACACACACACACACACACACACACACACACACACACACACACACACACACACACACACAUGCACGCACGCACACACACAUACACACUUCUUCCUGGGCCUCUGCAACUGCUGCAUAAACACACAGAAAAGACCAGGCUUCAUGGACAAAAAGGAUUUUUUACCAAAAAUAGCACAAGUGACAAAGGCAGAAAACGGACACAUCAGGUUUUAAGAUGCAGAGGUUCAAAACCAUCAGGCAAUUUCUUUUUUUUAUUUACUGCUAUUAUGCACUUUGGAACUUUCCUACUUAAACUGUGCAAGAUAAUUUGUUUGAUCUGCUCCACGCUGACCUUUAUGCACAUUUUGUAAGAGGCUGUAGUUUUGCUGUGAAAUGUUGGGUAUUUAUUUACUUUUUAGGGGCUGUGCGAUGAGGGCUUCUUGCUGUGGGUGUGUGUCUGUUGAUAUGCACAUGGAGAGAGCAUAUGGGAGAAAAGAGUAAUAUGUUGGUCAGAUUUAUAAUGCUCGCACGUGUGGGUCACCUACAGUAUGUAGUCCAUAAUAAAUGGUGGCCUGAGUAGAGGAAGGCCUGGUUGUGUAGUAGACUAGCAAGUGGUUGGUGUUGUGUAGCUUGUUUGUUUCGAACAUAGUUUCAGAUAGAAAUCUGUCACUUAAACCUGCUUGUAAAUGCUUUAAACCUAUUUACUUCACCGCGAGGAGCCAGUUUCACAAAGGUCCAUUAAAACUAACUAACAGCAGACUUUGCUGUAAGCUGUGGCGACAUUCCUACAAUAUGUCAGGAUUUAUUUCCUAUUACCAAUUCAGAAUGUGUCAGUAAUGUCUUGGAUAGUCUCAAACUAUUUAUUUAAAGAGACUAAUCGCACCUUUAGAAAUUAGGAACUGUCUUGUAGUGAUGUGAACAUUGGGUUCCUAAAAUACGUGUAACGCUGUCCAAUCAAAAUCAACCGGCGCUGUAAACAGGAUGUCACUGUGGCAUAACUAACAAACAAUCUUAGAACUCUGUAUAGAUGUGUAUUGUAUGAAUAUUUUGUCACAGCUAUAUGAAGUGCAACCAUUUUAAUUUAUUUCUGUGUAGAGCCGCCUUUUAAACAGCUGCUACAGGUUCAUUUCUUCAGCUGGCUGAGACCAAUAUCUUUGUGAAACCAGCUCCAGCAUAGGCUCCAGAAAGGUGGACCCAAACCACCAAACUGAACAAUCAACUCUCAACUGUAUAUAAUGAAGUAAUUAUGUAAAUAUUUGAAAGCAUAUUCCAUUUAUUGCAUUAACCAUUUGUAAAUGAUCAGAACAGUAUCUAACAGAAAGAUGUUAUCGCAGGGUAAAGCUGAGUCAAUCAAUCAAAUAACCUCAUACCACCAGCACUUUUUAACUGUUUAAUGGUCAACCUGUAGAAACCAAAUGAUAUAAAACUGUGUCACAGCUCAUUGCACCCCCCCUCCCCCGAGCAAACUACAUUCAUGAAAUUAUUAUUGCUAGUUCUUCAUCAUGGAAGUGUUUUUAUUUUGUCUUUUUGUUGCAUUUUUAAUUGUUUUCAGUUGAUUCUUCACAUAAUGAUUUCACGUUUAAGUGGAUUCCUCUUUCUUCAGACCUUCUCUACCUCUCUCCACUUGUUCAUCAUCUCCUCCUUCCUUCAUUUGAUGUCAUGAGUUUCCAUGGGGCAGUGUACAGCUGCGCCUGUGCCCUUGUUGCUUGCCUCUUAUUAUUUGUUAAAGGACAUUUUUAGUAAUAAAACAUUAACUUAAAACACCACAA